AUGACGAGAGGGAGUACCAAAACUACUGGUGUUGGCGUUGUCGCCUUGUGGCUGGCCGUGGCUCUUUUGCUGGUUGUCCUAGUGCAUGAGACCGCGGCUGUAGAGUGCAACGACCCGAGCCAGCUCAGCAGCCCGUGCAUGGGGAGCAUAUUUGGAAGUCAAACCCCGUCAACCGAGUGUUGCGAGAAGCUGAGAGAGCAAGAACCUUGCUACUGUACAUACCUCAAAACCCCUUUCUACAGUACCUUUAUUCGCUCUGCUUGCGUACAGAGGCUUGCAGCAACUUGUAAUAUCACAAUACCCACCAACUGCUCAUAA